AUGAUUAAAAUACAAAAUAUUGUAGUAUUAGUAAUUUUAUUGUUUUUUGGAGAAAUUAAUGGUCAAACUGAACUUCAGUCAGUUCAAUAUGGGCCAGAUGGGGUUACUGUUAAAUUGAGUAGUGGAACAUUUACUAGUAAUAGUUAUUCCUUUAAAUUGAUAGGGCCCCCUGUAAUACAAAAAACAAUGGAUAUUUUCAACCCUACCACAGCUUUUUUGAACUACACAGCUGAUAUUAUUAACAAAGUUGAUAAAUUCCAAAUUUGUGACCUACAAAGUUGCUUAUUUCCCAACGAAAUACUUUGGAAUCCAGUAUAUAUAACUAAUAUUUCUUCGAUUCCAACUCAAGGAGGUAUCAUUACAGUAAAAGGUGUAUCACUUCUACCAACACAACCAGGGUGUUCAGAGAUCUAUUUUAAUAAAAGUAUAUUUCUUUAUGAAAGUAAUACAAAUUCAGCAGGAACCGAAAUCAAUUUCAAUGUUGGUCAAAACAUUACCUCUUUAUUCUCUGGUCAAAAUAUUCCAAUUUCUUUCAGAAUAAGAGGAACUAACAUACUCUCAUAUAAUAUAUAUGUAUAUAAAACUAUUUUUUUUUCAUUUCAAGGACCAACAAUUUCAUCAGUUGUAUUUAAUAGAGAGACCAAUCAAAUUACAAUGACUGGAACAAAUUUUGGAGUAAAUGGAAUUCCAUUGACAUUAACUUCGAAUGGUGGAAAUUUACAACCAACUCAUUUAAUUGAUAAUACUGUUAUUGUUUCAAAAGUAAAUGCUCAAAACUAUUCAUUCUCUGGUGAUUUCCAAUAUGUUUUGAAUGUUGGUUCUCCAAAUCCAAACUCAGCAACCUAUACUCAACAAAUAUAUCCAGUUGUAACAUCAGUAACCUCUACUUCAUCAUCUGGUGGAACCAUUUCAAUUUAUGGAUAUAUAUUGAAUCUUUUCAAACCAAAUGCAACUAUUUCACAAGUAUCAAUCCUUGUUGGAGGUUAUACAUGUACAGUAUUGACAUUGAAUGAUCCAACAAAUUCAUUUAUUGAAUGUUUAAUGCCAGCAAUUACAAGUGGUUCAAAGAAUUAUAAUUUAUCAGUGGUUGUUAACAUUAAUGGAAAGCACUCCAAUAGUGAUAUAUUAUUCUCUGCCGAUCUUUCAAAUGUCCAAGAAGUAUCACAAGACGGUGGAAAUACAAUAAUUAUCGGUUCAUCAUUUGGUAAUGAUACAAAAUCAAUUGUAUUACAUUUCAAUGGUAGUACUCCAAUGUCACCGAUCUCCGUUUCCGACUCGAUGUUAACUUUUAAAUUUCCAACAAACACACCAUCUGGAUUAUACAAUGGAAACACACUGACCAAAUUCAACACAUCAACAACCAUUCCAUUUAAGAUAACAAUUCAACCAUACAUCACAUCAAUAACAUCACCACCAACACAAGGUGGAAUUGUAACAAUCAGUGGUCAAUAUAUGACUUCAAACAUCCAAGGAAAUGAGAAUAUCACUGUGAUUAUUUAUUAUCCCAAAUCUAAUCUUAACACUCUAUGUUCAAAUGCAACGAGAUUGAACAGUACCAGUGUGACUUGUAUUGCACCACAAGGAAGUGGAACAUCCGUUAAUUUAGAACUUCAAUUGAAUGGUAUCAGUUCAACAGUUGUUAUCGUGGAGAGGAGUACCGCCAAAAUAGGAUUUACAGGCGGGAUUGAACCACAGGUACCAAGACAGUAUGUUAUCGAGUUUCUUGACUUCCUCAUGGGUCUUACCGCAUCCGGACAUUUUCAUAACAAAUCACUUGCCAAUUUAACAGCCUCCACUUCAUCAAUCUCCAAUAUUACUGUUAAUGCUCAAGGUGGUGCUGGAUCAAGACAAGGUGGAAAUAAAGCCGCCACUCUUGGAGUUCCAGAUUGGGUUGAUACCGUCAACGAUCUCAUCUAUCUCGGAUAUAUUGAUUGCCAUGGAAAUCUCAGAAGAAUCCGUAUCGAACGUAAAUGUUUCCGUUUUGGUGAUAAAUCCGUUGAAGAGAAGAUGCAAGAAUGGUUGUUGGAAUACUCGGAACGUGGUAAAUAUGAAUCUCUGUUCGUCAAUAAGUUGGAGCAACCUGGUAAGAUCACUGGUAUGGAAUGUUCUAUUGACUUGGUAAAAGAUGAAUGCGUCAAAACUAUCAUUGACCGUAUGAAAGAUGGUGGUAUUCUUAAAAUACCCGAUCUUAAAGAUUUUGUGUUGGAAACCGAUGCAAGUGGUGUUGGUAUCGGUUGUGCGUUAUUUCAGAAUGGAAUGUUGGUUAUCGCAUACAGUCGUAAGCUUACAGCUGCUGAGAAGAACUAUCAUUCUGACACAUCUGCUUUCUUUAUUGCCGUCACUGACAACCAAGCUUUGAAGGUAUUAAAUGACAAGUCUCCAAAGAACGCUCGUAUCUUACGUUGGAGUAUGUUCUUGCAAGGAUUCAACUAUGUCAUUCGUUAUAGAGCUGGUAAACAUAAUGACUUUGCCGAUGGAUUGUCCCGUUUUCCUACAUUAUUAAAACCGAGCAAGGAUGACUUUUGUAUUAAAAUACGUAAGGCGUUGGAAGGUACCGAAUUGAAGGCUCCUGCUGAUCUUCCGCUCUACUCUUUGGAAGAUGAUAUUCUCUAUUUCAAUUACGAUCAUUCAAAAGUAAACCCGUUCAGCUCAAGGGUACUCACCAGUCGUAUUUGGGUUCCACUGUCGUUACGUCAUAAGGUCAUGUCCUACUAUCGCGAUGAUUUGCUUACUGGAGGUCACCUUGUUUUAUUGGUUGACGAUCAUCUCGGAUUUGAAGCGUUUAUUACAUGUGCUGUCUUCAAAGGUCCAAGAUAUCAAAAGAGACCUGAUACUGCUAUGUCGUUGGAAGUUAGUCGUCCGUUUGAAUUGAUUGGUGUAGAUCUUAUGGUGGCCAGAAGCAUUGCUUUGCCGGAUUACUCUGCUGUUACUUUUGCUGGGUACAUCUAUCGUGAAGUCAUUUGCCGGUAUGCCUGA